AUGAUGACGGUUGACAGGAUACCUGUGACUGACUCGUUUUGAAGACGAGGCGAUCAUCUAAAGAUGCCUCGACAGACGAGCGGGGCCUAGAAUUAGUACGCGCGAAUUUUACAAAACUUUUGGAGCUAGUUCGAUGGAACUUGGGAGAAAUGGAUGAAAUAAGACAGAAAGUUGAUAAUCUGAAGGCAGUAAAGGCUGAAAUAGUAACUCAGGAGACUCUUAGUGGCGCAGGUCUAAGAGGAAUCACACUUAGGCCUUACCAGCUUGAGGGAGUUGGAUGGAUGAGGGAUUGUGCGCUAACGGGUCAUGGAUGCAUCUUGGGUGACGAGAUGGGCCUCGGCAAAACUAUCCAGACCAUUUCGGUACUCCUCCUUCUGAAGAGAACCAUAAAACACACAGGGCCUUUUCUUGUGCUUUCUCCAUUAUCAGUCAUGGCAAAUUGGAAAAAUGAAAUAAAAAGAUUUACAAAAUCACUUAAAGUUCUAAGCUUGAUUGGAAGUAAAGAAGAAAGAGAAAUAACAAAGAAUAAACUAUUUCAGGAUAUAAAGAACAUUGAUGUUCUUCUAACAUCAUAUGAGAUAUGUCUAAGGGAAACGUCCUUUCUUCAAAGAUUUCACUGGUCUGCAGUAGCUGUUGAUGAGGCACAUAGACUCAAAAAUUCUCAGUCACUGCUCUACACAGAACUAAUUCAGUUUAAGUAUGACUUUUCAAUUCUACUCACUGGGACACCUGUACAGAAUAAUCUGAAAGAGCUGUACUCUCUCCUGUCCUUCAUUGCUCCAUCAAUAUUUGAUCUGGAAUAUGUGGAAGAAUUUGAGACAGCAUUUAAAAAUCUGGCAACAGGAAGAGAUAACACCAAUUCAGACUUGCCCCAGCUGCUCUCUCCAUUUCUAUUGCGGCGUGUGAAAUCUGAGGUCAUGGUUGAUCUUCCUGAAAAAUCAGAGGUUAUACUGUAUGCUGGGAUGUCAGAACUUCAAAAGAAAUAUUACAAGGCAAUUCUCAUGAAAGAUUAUGAUAUAUUUUCCACUGAUGGACCUUCUAGGAACAAGUUAAACAGCAUUCUGACCAAUCUUAGAAAAUGUGUCAAUCAUCCAUACCUUUUUGACGGAGUGGAACCUGAGCCAUUUGCACUAGGAGAACAUCUAAUUACUGCAAGUGGAAAACUUCAUGCAAUAGACCAGCUUUUGUCUUACUUAUACAAAAGAGGCCAUAAAGUGUUGAUGUUCUCACAGAUGACAAGAAUGUUGGACAUUGUACAGGACUAUCUUGGCUACAGAGGCUACGCAUACGAACGAUUAGAUGGAUCUGUUAGAGGAGAAGAGAGAUACAUUGCGAUCAAGAACUUCAACGAGGAGCAAGACAACUUCAUAUUCCUUUUAAGCACCAAAGCAGGUGGCCAAGGUUUGAACCUAAUGUCAGCCGACACUGUGAUUUUCGUAGACAGUGAUUAUAACCCCCAGAAUGACUUGCAAGCUGCUGCAAGAGCCCACCGUAUCGGCCAAACAAGGCCAGUGAAGAUCAUUCGCCUUGUUGGUCGGAACACUGUCGAGGAGAUCAUUCUAAAGCAUGCAGAUGAUAAGAUGAGGCUGACCAACAAUGUCAUUGAAGGUGGCCAGUUUUCAGGGAGCUCCAUCAUCCAAGUUGCUGAAACAAAUUUACAGCUUGCAAACAUACUCAAGUUUGGAUUAGAAAAACUCUUUGAGUCAGAAGAAAGUGACAUCAGUGACACGGAAUUCGAUAGGAUUCUUGGUGCGAGCCGGAAUGGUCGGUGGAUUGUUGAAGAUAAAACACCAAAACCUGAUCUUGAAACUCUAUCAACAAACCAGGAACUUCAAGUUACCAGCAUGUACGUCUACGAGGGACGUGAUUACUCCAAGGGGGCUAGUGACGAGGACGUGGCAGCUUUCGACAAGAUGGUUGCAGAUGUGCUAGAUGAAGUUCAAAAGGCCGAAAGGACGUUGCGCAGUGAUAAGUGUCCUACUGCCUCCGUACUGGGGGACUUGACCAGCAGGAAAAGAAAAGUCCUCACUCCAGAGGAACUUGAGCAACGGCGAAUAAAGAGACAGGAAGCCGCUGCAAAGAGAGCCAAGUUGAAGGAGGAAGCAGAAGAGAGGAGGGAGCAAAAAAGAAUGAAAAAGCUGGAGAAGUUGUGGCGUGACAAUGGCUACACGUCUAAGCGAGUCAACCGUGACGAUAACACGGACGAGGAGUCUGGGUCCGAUGAAGACUCUGUGACGUCAGAAGGGGAGGAUUCUAACUGCAGAGAUAUUCAGUAUGUGCGCGGUGACGUCACACAACCCAUAAACACACGCGGGAACGAGGCUGUAAUCGUCCACUGUGUAGAUGACUAUGGGUUCUGGGGUCAGGGCGGCCUGUUCUCUGCGAUUUCAAGACGGUCGUGUAAGCCGCAGGAGGAGUAUGAGCUCGCUGGACAAAUGAAAGACCUUCACCUUGGCGAUGUUCACCUUAUAGAACUUGACGAUAGUUCCACGGGACAGGAUGCCAAGCAUUCGGUAGCUCUAGUUGUUGCCCAGACGCGUGACCGGCAGCACAGGCUAAAGCCUGUUGACCUCAGGGCCCUGGGGACCGGCUUGCUGUCCGUCGCCCUGGAAGCCAAGCGAAGGAAAGCAUCAGUCCAUCUUCCUCGUAUCGGACACUCGACCCCAGGCUUCAACUGGUACGGGACCGAGCGCCUCAUUCGAAAGCACCUUGCCUCGCGUGGCGUGUUGACUAGCAUAUACUACUACCCACGACAGGGCACGGCGGCCACGCCUUCGACAGCGGGGGAUGAAACGCCUUUCCCGGAAUCCGAUCCCUCGACACCAAAACGAGGAAAAUCCUCCGACAAAACAAAAGACACUCCCCCCCUGAGUUCCAGGGGGGGCUCUUCCGAGAGCUGUGUCGGCGGGGUGCGGUUAUACCCUUUGCCUGAUGUCAUGCGCGGUGUCACUGUGUACUUUUAUGAAGUUGCCGAAGAGAAGCAGAAGAGGCUCAGUAGAUACGUUAUUGCAUAUGCUGGAAGCGUGGAGACGACUAUGACUGAUGACAUCACGCACGUCAUCUGUGACGUCACCCAAGAUGUUCAAGAAUUACAGGAAAUUUCGGGGACAGCUAAAGUGAUGACGACCGUUUGGUUAGAAAGAUGUUUAAAGAAGAAAAAGCUUUUGAAAUUUUAGUAUUUAGUGUAAUUUGAGCAAAGCGGUGGAUUUGUUUUUUCUCGCUUUGUGAUUAUGCCGAAGCUAUAGUUCCUAGUUAAGACGGGUAGAAAUUCGAAGAAAGAGUUAUAAAAAGUCGCAAGACUACCAAAGAAACGUAGGAAACGGAAAAUUGCCCAUUAUGUAAAAUGUUCACAUCCUGUCGUGUAAUGCAGAAGCGGUUGUUGAAAAUAUUUUGUAAAAA